ACACCCUUCCGCACUUGAUUAUUUAUAUUUUGAAUUUUAAAAUACACGAGAGGAUGUUGCUUUGAAGGAGUCUCUCAUUGACUCGACUCUUUCCUAAGUCCUAUAUAUACAUUCCCACUCCCUUCUCCACUGUCAAAUCAAAACCUUUCUUUAUUAAUCAAUCAUCCUUCCUCCUUAGAUUCUCUGUUUUCUCCACAAAUGGCCACGCCAAGCGAAGCAUCAGCUCUCUCCUUCAUCAAGAAGCAUCUUCUCGACGAAUCAUCUCCUCUGCCUAAUGUCACCACCACCAAUCCAUGGAUAGCUUCAGAAACCAGCUCCGAUUUUUCAAUCUUCGGUUCAUUUGAUCAAACCGGGUUCGAUUUUACUGAAUUUGAAAUUAAACCGGAAAUAACCGACUCGCUCGAAUUCGAACCGGAGGCGAAAGCUGAAAUUUCACUAGCAUCGAACCAAUCUUUCACGUUCCAAUCGAAUCCUCGCGUGGUUACUGGUUCAGCCUCGCGAUCGAACCGGAAACCGGCUUUGAAGAUCGAACCGCCGAACAGAACCGAGUGGAUCCAAUUCGCAACCGGGAAUCCUGAACCGGAGCAGCUUCCCGUACACGUGGCCGAAGAAGAGAAGAGGCAUUACAGAGGAGUGAGGAUGAGGCCGUGGGGGAAGUUCGCGGCGGAGAUCAGAGAUCCCAACCGUCGGGGAACUAGGGUUUGGCUCGGGACUUUUGACACGGCGAUCGAAGCCGCUAGGGCUUACGACCAAGCGGCGUUUAAGCUCAGAGGGUCAAAGGCCAUUGUGAAUUUCCCGCUUGAGGUAGGGACGUGGAGUGCACGCGCUGAGGUUGGACAGAACAAACGGAAGCGAGACGGAGAGGAAGAAGAAGAAGAGGUGAAGGUGGUUGCGAAAGUGGUAAAGACGGAGGAGAGUCACGCCGUUGAGACGGAAACGUCGAGUUUGACGGCGGUUGAUGACUGGGAUUUGACGGAGUUUAUGAGCAUGCCGCUUUUAUCGCCGUUAUCUCCACACCCUCCGUUUGGUUAUCCACGAUUGUCUGUUGUGUAAAUGUUGACGUGGAACUACGGUGUAUACGUGUUCGUAUGA